ACGACCUGAGGAGGAGGUGGAGGAGGAGGAGGAAGGAGGACUAAAGGAGGAAGUAGAAUGAAAAUAGAGGAGGGAUUUACACUUGAGAGAAGUUUGACACGAAUGCAGAGGGAACAUAACACACACACACAGAUAAAGUGUGCGUGGCAGUGCGGGAUAAACGUGUCCGGGUUUGAGUGUGCCACCAAGCGGUGGCGGGACUUUGAACUUUCAGUUUUUUAAUUCCUGGAAUAAUCACCCCCCCCCUACCUACCUACCAACCAGCAGCAGCGGGCAGCUCGUGCACGCGCCCCGUGCUCUGCUAAAAGCAGUGUUUUUUACGUGGAGUCCGGCGCGCCGCGGGUCACUGUUGGUGAAAACUGGUUUGGUCCACUUGUUUGUGUCGCUCAGCGGUCAGUCUGCGCGGUAAACGCCGGGACAGGGAGGCUCUCUGGCGGGGGAAGUACAGCACGAAGGUGUCGGUAACGCACCGGAGCUUUUAUUUUUAUUUUUAUUUUUUCUGGAUCCAGCUUCCGUGAUAUUACUUUUUACCCAGGACUGUGGUUGUACUGCCCCCCCUCCCUGUAUCGGUGGGUUGAUCGCCCCGGACGGGCCGGUUGUCUCCUCUGACAGUUAGUUUGUUAACUUGGUGUCGUGCAGGAUUACCUACAUCUCCUCCUGCACACUUGGAGCAGUGACAGCGGGGCUUUAACCGGCGGAAUAACCAAUAAAACAACCACAGUGUGUAUGUGGCUAACGAAGAACUAGCUCCGAACCGAACCGAGCCAACCCCCCCCCCAACCAUGCCAGUCAGGAAGAAAGAUGCUCAGCGAGCCCUCCGGCUGCUGGAGGAGUACCGGACCAAGCUGCACCACGCCGAGGACCGGCAGCUCCGCCACUCCAUCCAGAGGGUCAUCGACAUCUUCCAGAGCAACCUCUUCCAGGCUCUCAUAGAUAUCCAGGAGUUUUACGAAGUGACCUUAUUGGACAGCCAGAGAUGGGCGGAGUCUUCCAAGGCGGCGGACCCCAUGGCGCCCGUCCACCUGUGGGACUUCUCCAGCCUUCAAAGCACAACGGUGACCUCGGACACUCUGCCCAGCCUUAGCACCAGCAUCGAGGUAAGAAGCCCCUCACCUGUCGGCCCAGUCAUGUGAUCUCUCUCUCUCUGUCUCUGUCUCUGUCUCUCUCUGUCU